AUGGCGAGGAGCCGGGCGGCUUACGAGUACACGGAGGCGGAGGACAAGAGCAUGCGGCUGGGUUUCCUGCUCAUCGCCGCCGGCUUGCUCUCCCUCUUGGGUCUGGGUUGUUGCUGGCUUCGCCCGGCGCUGCAGGAGCGGGGCGGCGGCGGCUCCGCCAACUGCACGGUGCUGGCGGUGCGGCAGCUGGGGGAGCGCUUCGCCUGCACCUUCUCCUGCGGGGCCGCCUGCCGCGGCACCGCCCGCUACCCCUGCCUGCAGGUGCUGGUCCGCACCUCCCGCUCCUCCGCGCCCGCCCUGCUCCAUGAGGACGAGCGGCAGCUGCGCACCAACCCCAAGUGCUCGUACAUCCCUCCCUGUGCAAGAGACGAUCAGGAGAACUCUGAGAAUGUCACGUACAAGCAGAAAUACUGGAAAGAGAAAGUGGGAUCUCAACCAUUUACGUGCUACUUUAACCAGCACUUGAGGCCGGAUGAUGUGAUGCUGAAGCGCACCCAUGAUGAGACUGUUCUCUUGCACUGCUUCCUCUGGCCCGUGGUGACUUUCCUGGUCGGAGUCCUCAUCGUGGUCCUGACCAUCUGUGCCAAGAGCUUGGCUAUCAGGGCAGAGGCAAUAAAAAAGAAGAAGCAUUUGUGAGUGGCAAGGCUUCUUGUGGAAAGAGAAACCUGCAAGAAGGUCUGAGGUGGGGCAGCCUGACACACCUGCAGGUCUGCGGGGCACCCAGCUGCAACUCCUUCCAGGGUCUGAUCUGUGGUGGAGUAGCUCUUGUCUCAGGACUGUUCUUGGGAGAUUGCCCCGUGAAAUG